CUGGGCGCCGCUCUCUGCUCUCUUGCUGGGGCUCCCCGGCAACUGGGAUUCGGAAGCAUCUCCCCUCUGAGGUGGGACUCGGGGGCCGGGAGCCCUCAGACUACAUGCAGCUCGAGAGCAUUAGGACCCAGGAGAACGUUCCGCCGGGCAACAUCUAAGUUUCUAUUUCUCCGAAAAGAAACUUAAGGGCCUUGCAGCCAGCCAGCCAGCCAGCCUCUGCCUGCCUGCCCAGAAGGGAGCCCAAGGAGAGGCUGGGCCAGCAGGACUCCCGGGCAGCCCCCUCUGUCCUGAGCAUCCCGCAGUAUAUGCAGCCCAUGUCCACGUUCUGGCUGUCCCAGUAAAGCAGGAGUCCCAACGUUGAGUCUCCAGAGGUGACUGGCCCACGCCGGGCAGCUCUGAAGAAGCAUGUCUGGGCUGAAGAGGAGCUGGGAGGACUGGCCCGGCAGAAGGCCCAGAAGCCCCCCACCGCUGCCGCCACCCUACAAAGCUCCCAGGCUGUCUCCAGAGCCAGGACCCAGCUGGAGGCAAGAGCCCGGGGACAUCUUUGCGGACCUGGAGAGGCUCUGCAACCACCGGCCAGGGCAGCUCCUGGCUUUCUUGAAGAAGCACACCGGCCAGCUGGAGAGGGCCCUGAGCAGCCCAGGCCUCCGCCCGGCCAGGGUCUACAUCCUCCUGCGGGUGGUCAAGCAUGUGCUGGAGGAGUCCACAGAGGCCGCCGUGGUCCAGCCUGCCUUGGAUCUGGUGCUCCAGCCAGGAUUUAUGCUCCGGAGCCUGCUGGGCUUUGUGGCAGAUCUGGAGUCCUUCCGCUGCAGGGAGGGGCAGAUUUCCCAGGAGGUGAUGGGGGACACGGUGGCCGCCCUCCACCACUUGCUGACGGCGUCUCCUGACCAGGCGCACACUUUGCUGUGCUACCCCGUGGACCUCCUCUGCUCCACCGUCCAGAGGCUCCAGUGCCGGGGCUUCCAGUUCACGUGGGUCACACAGAAGCGGCUCCGGGACACCAAGAGCCUGCUCGACCGGGCCUUCUGGCCUUCUGGCGAGUCCGGCAGCAGGGCUCUGGCAGCGCCAGCAAGCAGGGAGGACUUCCACCUCAUCCCCGUCUUCCCCACGCCAGAGGACAUAUUUCUGGAGCCCACCAGGAAGCUGAAACCCAACCUCCUCUCAGGCAGGUACAAGAGCGACCUUGACUACCUGGACACACACUUCCGCCUCUUGCGUGAGGAUCUGAUCAAGCCUCUCAGGGACGGGAUCUCAUCCCAGUUUGCCCUCCGGAGCCUUUUCUCAGACUCUCAGAAGCCAAGAGGGGAGCUACGGCUUUAUCAGGACGUCCAGCUAGUCAACGUGGGUACCUCGCUGGCGGGGGCCACUUACCUGGCCAAGUUCCCCUCCAAGCAAGGUGCUGCCCCCUCCUUCUCUCCCAAGCAGCUUCUGAGCGGCUCCCUCGUGUGCCUCCUCUCCAAUGACUGCGACCACAUGCUGUUUGGGACCGUGGCCAGGCCCGGAGAGAGGGAGCUGCUCCACGGGGCGGUGUGGCUGGACAUCAAGCAGAGCCACAGCACCCUCCUGAGGCUCAUGAGGAGUACUACGAGCUUCACCAUGGUGGAGUCGCCUGCCUUCUUUGAGUCCUAUCGGCACGUGCUAGAAGGGCUGCAGGAGCUGGACACGGCCCACGUGCCCUUCAGAAGGUACCUGGUGAAAUGCAGCCAGGAGAUCGCUCGGCCCUUAUACCUGGAGCAGGAAGCGGUGACCUUUGACCUCUCUGCUCUACAACAUCUGGAGGGUGAACAGGAGGAUGUCGCGGACAGCCCUAAGGUAGGCACAAUGAGAAUCCAAAUGGCGAGAGCCAGGGGCAUCGUCUGGGCAUGGGAAACCCCCCCCCCCCGCCACACACACACACCUGUUGGGGUUGAGGGUUGCCAGUCCUGUUCCACGAACGGGGCGUGGGGGGUGGAGCCUUGGCUCCAGGUGGACGAUGGGGGCCCACUGGUGGAUCUGACAGCCGUGAGCCCUUUUAGCUCUCAGCUCUGGACUCCGGAGAUGUUUCCACACCUGGAUGAAUCUCAGAUCCUGGCCAUCCAGACGGCUCUGAGCAGAGAGUUUGUGCUGAUCCAGGGCCCACCUGGAACAGGUAAAACGUUCAUAGGACUCAAGAUUUUGAAGGUCCUGCUGGAGAACCAGACCCUCUGGAAGGACGACCGUACACCCUGCCUGGUCGUCUGCUAUACCAACCAUGCGCUGGACCAGUUUCUGGAAGGGGUCCUCCGCUUCCAGCCUUCAGGGGUCGUGCGUAUCAGGGGCAGGAGCAAGAGCGAGGCCGUGAUGGCGCACUCCUUGCGGAACCUGCGCAAGCAGCAGUUUGCCGGCUUCCUGCUGGGCAGAGACCGGCAGCAGCGUGGGCAGCUGCUCAGUGCCCUGCGCCAUCAGAAGGAGAGCAUCGCCUACUGCACGGAGGUGCUGGGUCUGCUCUGCAGGGGCGUCCUCUCGGAGCAGGAGCUGGAGGCCGAGCUGGCUGACGACAACCUGCACAUGCCGCAGGGCGCGAUCCUGUCCUGGCUGCAGAUCCACCCCCCAGAAGAGAAAGGGCCGCCGCUGCCCCCCCCAGGAGACAGAGCCGUGGCAGCAGCCACUGCAGGGAAGCGGCAGGUAAGGGCGGCGGCUGCCCCCCCCAUGAACAUGCUGAAUUGGGAGAGGGCUGGGUGGAGCAUUCCGCCCGCCCCCAAUGAGAGCCUCCUUGCAGCACCCAGCAAAAUCAGGGUCCCCAGGAGCCCCCUCCCCUCUCUUUCUCUGAGUCUCUGCCACUGGGGCUGGUGGAGAGAAGACCGCAGCCGACAAAGCCUCCCACUCACAGGGCUCUUGCCUUGUGGCCCCCCAGCUGGAUUCUCCUCCCGCCCCAUGGCCUGUGAGCCGGAGUCCUUCCAGGGCUACAGAGACGAACGGUUCCUAGAUGACCAGUAUGACGAUGACCAGGACGCCAAGGAGUCUCCCGCCACCCCCAAGAGCAAGUUUGCCUACCUCGUCCCUGAAGAAGGCAGCACCUCUCAGAGCUGGAUGUUGGCGUGCUUGCAGGAAGGAGACAUCAUGACCAACGAGGAAGUCGCCACAAUCCGCAGCCUCCAGGACCUGCGCUUGAAGGACCACUGGCGCCUCUACAGGAGGUGGGUGGCAGCCUAUGAGAACGAGCUGAAGGCAGCCCUGGCGGAGAAGCUGCCGCUCUACGAGAAGGACGCUGCCCGGCUGGAACAGCUGACCUUGCAGGAAGACUUGAUGCUUCUCCGGCAGAGCUGGGUCAUCGGGAUGACCACCACAGGAGCUGCUAAAUACAGGAAGUUGCUACAGCACCUGCGUCCCCGCAUCGUGAUGGUGGAAGAGGCAGCGGAAAUCCUGGAGGCCCACGUCCUCACCUCUCUCACCUCCUCCUGUCACCACCUCAUUCUCAUUGGAGACCACCAACAGCUGAGACCCAAACCAGCCGACUACACCUUGGAGAAGAAGUUGGGGCUCGGCGUCUCGCUCUUUGAGCGCAUGGUCAACAACCAGCUUCCUCACGUGCAGUUGCUCUACCAGCAUCGCAUGCGGCCAGAGAUCUCCCAGCUGCUGGUGCCGUUCUUCUACAAGGAACUGAGGGAUCACCCCGCGGUCCUGGAGUACGAAAGCAUCAAGGGCAUCGAAAAAAGUGUGUUCUUUGUGCAACACCGAGAGGCAGAGAGCCACAGCACCCACUCCGAAAGCUACAGCAAUGAGCACGAAGCCACCUUCCUGGCCUCACUCACCAGCUACCUCCUUAAGCAAGGGUACGAGCAGAGCCAGAUCACCCUCCUCACCCCGUACCACGGUCAGAUGGUCUGGAUCCGAGCUCUUCUGAAGCAGCAGAGGAUGGCAGACGUGGCCGCCCAUGCAGUGGAUGAGUUCCAGGGAGAAGAAAACGACAUCGUCCUCCUCUCGCUGGUCCGAAGCAACAGCCAAGGGAGGGUCGGCUUUCUCAAGGACAAGAACCGACUCUGCGUCGCUCUCUCCCGGGCGAAAAAGGGCUUCUACUGCAUUGGAAAUCUGGAGACUCUCUCAGCAAGCUGCAAGCUAUGGAAAGAGAUCUCAGGCUUGCUAAAAUCCAAGAGCCUCCUUGGGGAAGAGCUGGUACUGAUGUGCCAGAACCACCCCGACACAAGGACAGCGGUGAAAGGCAGCACGGAUUUUGGCAAGCUCCCGGACGGAGGCUGCACGCUCAAGUGCCAGGCCCGGCUGGAGUGCGGCCACCCCUGCACGCGCCGCUGCCACCCCUGCGACAGGGACCACCUCACGAGCCUCUGCGAGUUCCCCUGCAGCCGGGUCCUGUGCAAGCUCAACCACCAGUGCCCCAAGAAGUGCAGGCAGGCCUGUGAGCCUUGCCAAGUGGAGUUGGUGGAGAAGGCCAUCCCCAGAUGCGGCCACCGCCAGAUGGUUCCGUGCCACAUGCCUGCCGAGGCCUGGGUGUGCGAGGAGCCCUGCCCGCGGCUGCUGCCGUGCAGCCAUCCCUGCACGCUGCGCUGUGGCCAGGACUGCAGAGCCCGCCUGUGCAAGGAGCCGGUGCAAGUCGCGCUGCCCUGCGGCCACGCGGCCCAGGCAGACUGCUACCAGCAGAAGCGGCCCCUGAAGUGCUACGAGAAGUGCCAGCAGAGGCUGGCGUGUGGCCACCUUUGCCGCGGAAGCUGCUACGAAUGCGUCCAGGGCCGGAUGCACACGGCCUGCCGCCACAAGUGCCACAGGGUCCUCCUCUGCUCCCACGUGUGCCAGGGCGCCUGCUGCGAGAACUGCCCCCCCUGCAAGAGGAAGUGCCCAGCCCGGUGCCCCCACAGCCGCUGCGACAAGCUCUGCGGGGAGAUCUGCUUCCCCUGCGCCCAGCCCUGCGCCUGGAGGUGCCGGCACCACCGCUGCCGGCAGACGUGCUCCGAGCCCUGCGACCGCCCCCGCUGCAACAAGCCCUGUCCCCGGACCCUCCAGUGCAAGCACCCGUGUGUGGGCCUCUGUGGGGAGCCCUGUCCCCCCAAGUGCUGGGUGUGCCACCGGGAGGAGCUGGCGGAGAUCUUCUUUGGGAGCGAAGACGAGCCAGGGGCUCGCUUUGUGCUUUUAGAAGACUGUGGGCACGUCUUUGAGGUGGCGGGGCUGGAUCGCUGGGUGGACGGGGAAGCAGGCACGGCCCCAGCCCAGCACGUGCAGCAGCUGGUGUGCCCCAAAUGCUCGACCCCCAUCCAGGACAACCCCCGGUACAACGACGUCCUCAGAGCGACACGGCAGCGGAUCGAGGAGGUCAAGCGGAAGCUGCAGGGCGGCAAAGAGGCGGCACUGUGGGCUGGGCGGACGGCCCUGCUCGGCCAACUAGCCGCCGUGCCAGACACCGGCCGCUACCUCAGGCACACCUCCUUGGCCAGGAAGAUCAAGGCGGCCGCCUCCCUCCAGGGCCUCAAGGACUUGGAGAACACGGUGAGUUUCCUUCUGAGCCUGCAGAGGCUGAAAAGCCAAGCCAAGAGGUGCACGCCGGAGCGGAGAGGGCAGCUGACCGGGAUGGCUGAGGCGGUGGAGGCCUGGCUCUGCAGGAGGAGGGAAGGAGACGCCUUCACAGCCCAACAACUCCAGGAGGGCAGGGACGAGGUCAGGCGCAUCUCCUACUUGGCCAACCUCUUUGAGUGGCUGAGCAGCCAGGGCCGCCUUCCUCUCUCCCCCGAGGCCUCGGCAGCGGUGGAGAAGGCGUUGGGCCUGCUCGGUCAGCAGAAGCCGCUGGCAGAAGCCCAGGAGGAGCUCCUUCGCGCAACGCUGGAGACGAUUGACCGGCUGCUGCCCGCCACGGGGCUGCUGCUGCGGCUCUCCAAGGCCGAGAGAGUCUCCAUCACGGAGGCCCUGCGCUUUGGGAGGGGCCACUGGUACAGCUGCCCCCAGGGCCACCUGUACGCCAUCGGAGAGUGUGGGCAGCCGAUGCAAGAGAGCCGCUGCCCAGAGUGUGGGGCCACCAUUGGAGGGCAGCACCACAGGCUCAAUGCAGAUAAUGAAGCGGAUGACCGAAUCCUGAACCCGGUCCCCGGGGGCAGUGCAGGGGGCGCAGAGAGGCGCCUCAGCCACAUCGCAGAGCCAGCUGCUCCCUCCGCUCCUCUGGCCUCCUCAGCCCCUGCUGCUGCCAUCAGCCCCUCAGGUCAGCUGGGCUCUCCGCUUACAUGGAGCACCAAGGGCAGCCCCACUGGAGCGGGACUCAGCCCUGCAGGCAGUCCAGCCCCUCCGGCCAGUUCCCCCAGCAGCCCUUCCAGCAGGACCUGCCAAGACCCAAGUCCCGACUUGGAAGGGGCCAAGGAGACCCCCCACCCCACCCCAGGCCCCAGUGCAUGCUGGGAGCAGGAAGAGUCUGCACCCUCUCUGGAGGGCUGUGGGGCAGCAGCCAGGGGAGAGGUUUCGCUCCUGGACCCUCCUGAGUCCGGGGACCCAGACAGACACCCGUCGUCUCCUGCCUGCACUCCCCCGAUGGCGCCGGAGGUGUCAGACCCCUGCCCCCCACAAUCACCCCCUGCCCCGCCCAGAGCAGCUGCGAGAAGCCAAAGGCGGAGGAGCGCCCACCUGGCUGCUCAGGGCCGCAGCAGAGCACUGCGCCUGAAGAAGAGCCCCUGACUCCAGUGCUUCCCGCAUCAGGGCCUGCCAGGCCUGUAGGGUGGAUCCUGAACGCCUGCCUUGCCCCCACUGCCUGACUGGAAGCAACCCCCCCCCCCCCAGUCCCAGUACCCACCUCCCUUCCCUGCCUCGCCCAGAAGACUGAAGCCAAGCCCGCUUGCUCCUGCCAGUGCCCAGGAAGAGGGCUGCUUUGCCCAGGACCAUCCCCCGGGAGGCCCCUCCGCUAGGCCACGCCGCAGCCCCCCACAGCCAGGCCCCCAGCUGCAGCCUCCGUCCCCAUCACUGGGUCUUCCAGGUGCAGAUGCUGCAAGAGCAGCUGCGCUCCUACAAUGUAGUGAGCCAAGCGGAGCAAGCUCUCCAUGCUGCUGCUGCCCCCACCCCCACCCCCGUGGUGCAAGCCCCUUCAAGGCAAGGCCCCAGUCUUGAGAGCUGGUCUGCCUAGGAGGCUGAGCUGCCCCCCCCCCCCAAAAAAACCGGAGCUCCUCUCAGCAGCUGUUACGAGGAUAGCCACCCUCCUUUCCGGGCUGAGAAAUGACCGGAGGCAGCAGCAGUUGGAAAAGUGAGCCCCAAGAGGCUGGCUGGCUUCAUUGCCUGGCAGCCUCCAUUCUGCCCAGGCUAACCUCCCGCCCGUUUCUUUUCUGCUUGUCCUUUUUGGUGUCUCCAAAGCCAGAUUGAUGCAGCUGUCCGUUUAAAUUUGGAAAUUUGCCACAAGAAACAAAUUAGCCAGGGAUUGCCUGGUUCAAUUUAAUUCAAAAUCAAUUACUGAGCAGAUUUUAUCAAGCUCAUUUUGCCAAAGCCCUUACUAUUGAAACUCAGCAGGUAAAAUUUUUGAAAGAAAUACCAACCAGGAUUUUAAGGAAACAGAAGGAUUAUAAAUUUUUUACAGAUGCUUUGAAUGCUAAUGGAAUACAUUUUAGAUGGGAAAUACCCGAGGGAGUCUCCUUUUUUUACAAGGGCAAGAAGAAUAGGUUCACAGAGCUCCUUAAAAGCGUAAGGAUUUUGGCGAAAAUACAAAAAAAAAAAAAAUUAUCUUCCGAGCAGCCAGUCCCCUCAACACAUAAUUCUAAUUAGACUAGAUGGAUUACAGGAUAGCUUCAUGGAACAUUAAUGGGUUAAAUACCAAAACAAAAAGGAAUAGAGUUUUUCAUUUUCUUAAGAAACAAAAUUUGGACAUUGUAUGUUUACAGGAGACACACAUUAGAAAACAAGAUAGAAAAUUUUUGGUUAAUAAGGCUUUAGGACAAGAAUUUGUUUCCUCUGAUAAGAAAAAAAAAGAGGGGUAGUAUUUUAUGUUAAACAACAAUUUGAACCCAAGUUGAUUUUUAAAGAUGAAGAAGGCAGGCUGCUAGCCUUGGAAAUUUUAAUUUCUGGAAUUAAAAUGGUGAUAAUUGGAAUUUAUGCACCUAAUGAAAAGAAAGUUGAAUUUUAUAAUCAUUUAGAACAGAAGAUAGCUGAGUUAUCGAAUGUUAACUUGAUUAUUUUGGGAGAUUUUAAUGGUGUUGUCUCUACAUCUUUGGAUAGAAAAUCUGAUAUACCUGAAAGGAACCUACAAGGCAAGCUUCCUAAAGCGUUUUUUGACUUAGCAGAACAUAUGGAUCUUUAUGAUUUGUGGAGAAUUAAAUAUUCAAAUGCAAAAGAAUACACUUACUUCUCUGAAAGAUAGCAAUCUCAUUCAAGGAUAGAUAUGGUUUGGACAUCAAAAUCUAUUACACCAUGUAUAAAAAGAAUGAACAUUUUGCCCAGAACUUUUUCAGAUCAUAAUCCAAUUUGUUUUACAUGGAAGAAGAAAGGAAUGGUUUCAUUUCGCUGGAGAUUGAAUAUCUGCUGAAAAAAUCAGAUGUUGUGGAGAAAGCUAAAAAGAAGCUAAAGCACUAUUUUGAACUGAAUUUAAACCAAGGAAUGGACAACAAAAUAGUCUAGGAUGCAGGAAAAGCGGUCAUGAGAGGUUUCUUUAUACAGCAAAAUGCAUACUUUAAAAAGCAAAGAGGAUUGAAAAAAGAGACGUUAUUGAUGCAGAUUUCUAAAAAAGAAAGAGAAUUACUAUGGGCUAAGGAUAAGAAGACGAUUACUCAAGCUAUCAAAAUGCUCCAACAACAACUCUCUAUGUUAGUAUCAAAUGAAGUUGAACGGAACUUAAAAUAUGUCAAGCAAAGGUCAUUUGAGUUCGCAAAGAAACAAGGCAAGUUGUUGUCUUGAAAAAUUAGAUCUGAGAAAAAAAAUAACUACAUAUCCAAAAUACUUACAAAAAAUGGGCUUUCUUAUGAUGGUAAGGAAAUAGAAUUCUUUAGAUACUAUUCAGCACUAUAUAAAGGAAAUAUAGUAGAAGAUAUAAAAAAUUGAACAAUUUCUUAAGACCAAAAAUAUCCCAAAACUUUCUAAGGAACAUAUAGAAAUUAUGAAUGCUCCGAUAACAAUAAUGGAAGUAACAGAAACAAUAAAUCAAAGUAAGGCUAAUAAGGUGCCAGGACCUGAUGGGCUAUCAGCUUUGUACUAUAAAUCAUUUAAAGAUCAAAUUCUACAGCCUUUGCAAUGGACUAUGAAUGACAUUUUGCAAAGAGGGAUUAUGCCGGAGUCUUGGAAGUAUGCUAAUAUUGCAGUAAUCCCAAAACCAGAUCAAGAUUUAGCGCAAGUCAAAAACUACAGACCAAUCUCACUUUUAAAUAAUGAUUAUAAACUUUUUGCUGCCAUUUUGGCAAGAAGAAUGAAGGCUAUGUUAAGACUCUUUAUUCAUGAGGAUCAAGCUGGCUUCUUGACAAAGAGACAAUUAAGAGAUAAUGUGAGAACAGUGUUGAAUGUACUGGAGUAUUAUGAAAAACACAAUGACAAACAGAUGGCUAUGAUUUUUCUGGACGCAGAGAAAGCUUUUGAUAAUGAGCCCCUGGUGGCGUAGUGGUAAAACUGCCGCUCUGUAACCAGAAGGUUACAAGUUCGAUCCUGACCAGGGGCUCAAGGUUGACUCAGCCUUCCGAGGUCAGUAAAAUGAGUACCCAGAAUGUUGGGGGGCAAUAUGCUAAAUCAUUGUAAACCGCUUAGAGAGCUUCAGCUAUAAAGCGGUAUAUAAAUGUAAGUGCUAUUGCUAGUGCUAUUGCUAUUCCUGGCAGUUUAUGUGGAGGUUAUUAGAUGCAAUGGGCGCUGGUAAUAAUUUUAUUAGGGCUAUCGAGGCAAUCUAUUUGGAGCAAUAUGCUAAGAUCAUUGUAAAUGGGGAAUUAGCAGACAAUUGUAAAAUACAAAAAGGGACUAGACAAGGAUGUCCACUUUCCCCAUUACUUUUUAUAUUAGUAUUAGAAGUGUUCUGUAGAAAUAUUAGAGAAGAUGAUCAUAUACAAGGCCCGAAAAUUGGGAAACAAGAGUAUAAACUAAGAGCCUUUGCAGAUGAUGUGUUUUUUUUUAGAAAAUCCAUUGGAUAAGAUUGGAAGACUCUUGGAAAAAAUACAACAACUUGGCCAAUUGGCUGGGUUUUAUAUAAACAAGACUAAAACAAAGGUGUUGACCAAAAAUAUGGAUCAGAAAUCUAAGGACAGAUUUUUUGAAAUAAGUGAACUGAAAGUGGAGAAUAAAAAUUUCUGGGUGUUUGGCUGACAAACAAUAAUUAUUUGUUCUCAAAUAAUUAUAUUAAAAUAUGGAAUACAGUAAAAUCUGACUUACAAAGAUGGUCUAAUAUGAACGUAUCUUUAAUGGGAAGAAUUUCAGUGGUGAAAAUGAAUGUCUUACCCAAAAUGUUGUUUCUCUUUCAGACUAUUCCUAUAAUUAAUACUUUAACUUGUUUUAAGCAAUGGCAGAAGGACAUAACUAAAUUUGUUUGGCAAGGGAAAAGACCAAGAAUUAAUUUUAAAAAUUUAACAGAUGCAAAAGAAAGAGGCUGUCUUACCCUACCAGACUUAAGGUUGUAUUUUGAUGCUGUUUGUUUGACGUGGUUAAAAGAAUGGAUAACAUUAAGAAAUUCUAGAAUACUUGAUCUGGAGGGAUUUGACAGAAGGUUCGGAUGGCACUCCUAUUUGUGGUAUGACAAAAGUAAAGUGCAUAAAGAUUUUCUUAACCACUAUAUAAGAAGGAGUUUAAUGAGAGUUUGGGUAAAAUAUAAAAAAUGGUUGGAACCUAAAACUCCGUUAUGGCUAUCCCCGAUUGAAGCUCUAGCACGUAAAGAGGUAAAUAUGCAAUCACAAUGGGGUACCUAUAGGGAUUUGUUAUGUUUUCAAGAAAAGGACUGUAAGUUAAAAAGUUUAAUUGAAGUACAAAAUUUGGUUAGUAACUGGUUUCAGUACCAUCAGCUAAAUGAAGUUUAUAAGAAGGAUCUUAAAGUUGGAUUUGAGGAUCAGAUGUCAAGAUUUGAGAAGGAGCUGUGUGAAAAUGAUGAAAAAGUAGUUUCUAAAAUGUAUAAGCUCUUGCUUUUGGAUGAGACAAGAGACGAAGUGGUUAAAACGACGAUGGUAAAAUGGGCUCAAGAUGUGGGCUAUAAUAUAGAAAUGGCAGCCUGGGAAAACUGAUUUAAAGUUCACUGCAUGUUAUGUUUUAAAAGAAAAUUACUAUAAAAUGAUGUAUAGGUGGUAUUUGACACCUAAAAAACUGGCAUUAAUGUAUAAAAAUGUUUCAAACAAAUGUUGAAAAUGUGGACACUCUGAAGGAACCUUUUUUCAUAUGUGGUGGACUUGUAGGAAGGCGAAGGCCUUUUGGGACAUGAUAUAUAAUGAAUUAAAGAAAAUUUUCAAAAUGACAUUUCCUAAGAAGCCAGAAUCCUUCCUGCUGGGAAUAACGCAAGGAGUGUUUUCUACAACCAACUUAACAUUCUUUAUGUAUGCUACCACGGCGGCCAGAAUAAUAUAUGCGUAGAAAUGGAAGAGUAAUGAACUGCCCUCAAAAGAAGAUUGGCUGAUAAACAUUUUGGAAUAUGCGGAGUUGGCAAAACUUACAGUACUGAUAAGAGACCAAAAUUUGGAAUGUUUUAAAGAAGAUUGGAAACCAUUCUUAUUAUACUUAAAGAACUACUUUCCUAACAUUGAUUUUACAACAGGGUUUGAAAUUUAGUAAUAUUAGCAGGUUGAGUAGCUCAAAAUUGAGUUUGUAAGGUUUAGAGAUAUGUUUUGAAUUAUUAUUAUAGCAAGGGUUAAUUCUAUAGUUGGUGAUUCAUGAGGAGGUGUGAGCGGGAAGUCCAUAUUUGUUUAAUGUGUUGUGACUGUUAAGAUAUUGUUAAAAUCAAUAAAAAUGUAAACAAGGGAAGUCAAUAUUCCCUAAAGUGGCCAAAAUAAAUAAACAAACAAAUCUUCAGGGGAGGUCUGUCUGGUGGCGACUCAAAGACGAGGCUUCGCGGUAGUUGCCCCAGAGCUGUGGAACUCACUUCCUGCUGAGAUUAGGGCUGCUCCAUCCCGGUUGACUUUUAGGAAACAGCUGAGGACACCUCUCUCCAUAAGAACAGCCCGGCUGCUGGAUCAGGCCCAAGGACGGAGGCCCCUCUAGUCCAGCACCCUGUUUCACACAGUGGCCCACCAGAGGCCUCUGGGGAGCAGCCCACAGGCAAGAGGGGAAGGCCGGCCCCAGGCGAAGGCAUGCUGUUCAUCCACAGCAGACAAGUCUGGCAAGAGCUUCUGGGGGCCUGCUGCCAUCAGAACACUCCCCCC